GUCAGGUGGUGAGAAAGAAAUAAAAAAAAGAAAAAAAGAAGAAGAAAAAAGAAUCGUCGCGAGACAAAAGAGCAGCGAAGGGAUACGACGCGGCGGUAAUGAGAUAAAAAUAAUGCCAGGCAGCCGAAAACGAAGGGGAGACAAUAGACUGUCGGGAUCCGCGCGUCGAGUCAACCGGUCUUUUGUCGUUUUUGUUUCACGGCGUCCACCAAGCCGUCACAAGGCGAGCCGAAAGGAAUUGAGAUCGCGGUGAAAAGUGUCACGUACGUGCAACGACCGCGGCGAAGAAGAAUCGUUUCUUUAACGACCGAUCGUCAAAGUCGACCCGUCGGAAGAAAGAGCAAUCGCGGCAGCGCUAACGGCGAGACAGCCGCCCUCCUAUUCCACCACCCAGCGGAUUCACGAUCACAAUCGUUCUGUAUUAUCAUUGGUUUCAAAAAAUGGUAUCAUCAAUAACAGUGGAAAAUGAAAAAGCUAACCCACAAAGAAAGCCUACCGCCGUGGGUAUUGGUCCAGGUAACUAUCGUUUAGUUGGUUGGGAUAUGGACACUACAGGCAAGAAAGUUAUAGACGAAAUAUGCCAAAUAGCUGGAUACACAUCUAGUUCUUCGUAUUCUCAGUAUGUGAUGCCGUAUAAAGAUCUUAACCCUCCAGCCAUGAAAAGACACAAUAUGAAAAUUGUAACUAUUGGAAAGUUCCGUGUCCUCAAAGACAAUAAAACUAAUAAGGCACUAAAAACAAAAAGUGAGGUGUCUGCGUUAACAGAUUUUUUAACGUGGCUCUCAUCUAUAAGAGGAGAUGCGGCAAAUGGUAUAAUAUUAGUUUAUCACGAACCACGUAAAGUGAUUCCUGCUAUGUUAAUCGAAUCUUUAAAAAAAUAUAACCUUCUGGAAAAAUUUAAACAAAUUGUAAAGGGAUUCGCAAAUGGAUUUAAUAUUGCUGAAACAAAAUGUGCAGGCACUGUACGUGCAUUUACCCUUAGAACAUUAUCUCAGAGUUUAUUUGACGAAGAAAAGCGAUUAGACAAUGCAAAAGACAGAGCAUGUCUGGCUUUACAAAUAGUACAACAUUUAAGUUCACUGGAGGUUAUAAAAGAAAAUGAAACAAAUGGUAGUGGUGAUAGCGAUAGUGCCAUGAAAAACACUGUUGAAUUUAUUAGAGAAUUUGUUCAAUCAGUAGAGAUAGAAGAACAAGAAUAUGCAGAAUUAAAAGUGAUAUUUGAACGUCAAAACAGUUUGAGACCAAUUUUUGUAUCUCUGUUCCGUGUGAAUCGUCGGGAACGACAACAUGCUAGUCCUUUACGUCGAUUACUCGCUGAAGCAGGAAUAGAAUAUGCGCAAUUAGAAGAAGCCUGGAAUAAUGGAAAGAAAGAAGGCUUGGAGAAAUUAAUCAAGGAAAAAUUAACUACAACUGACGAGAAGAAAAUUACAGAUUUAUUAGCUGUACUUGAAGAUCACUUCGACCCCGAUAAGAAAUCAAAGUUGAGAAUAUCAAGAGACAACAAGACUCAGAUAAAAAUCGAAAAGUCUAGCAACGAUGAUAAAGAAAAUAAUAAGUGUGACUCGGGUACCGAAAGUCCGGACACGACCAUGUCUAAUUCACCGCUUAAGAUUAAAUCCGAAUCUGAGAACAGUACGCUUAUCGCAGAAGAAUAAGAAUUAGGCAGCUCAAUUCUCUUUCUCAGUACCUUUUAACUAAUUAUAAGAAUAUUGUUAUCAGUAACUGAGUUUAUAACCAUUCCGUUCAUUCUUAUCAUUACGUUAUUCUAGUGUGAUAAAGUAUGAGUGUUAUUUGUUGCAGUAUUGUAUUUUUUAUUUUCGUCAUAACGAAGUAUAUAUUGUAUUCUUGAAAAAUACGAAACUUGACUUAAAUUAAA